AUGACUCUGCUGGACGUGUGGCUGUCGCGCUCUCUCCCCAUGUGCCUGCUGCUCCAUAGCCUGGUUCUCAUGGCGCUGUGCUUCCCCUCGGCUAGCAUGUGCCCCAAAGGCUGCAUCUGCCAACGGGACUCCCACCUGCACGGUUUGAACGUAAGCUGCAGCCACGCCCGCUUCAAGGAGAUACCCGCGGGUUUACCAGUGGACACCGUUCUCCUGCGACUCGACCACAACCAAAUCGGAACAGUUCCCGAUCAGAUUUUCCACGGAUUGCGGUAUCUGAGGGAGUUGAACUUGUCAUACAACAUCGUUGAGACUCUUGGUGAAGGCGCUUUCAGUGGCAUCGAAGCGACACUGCAAGUCUUGGACCUUUCGCACAAUCGGAUUACAAGCGUCCAUAAGGAUGCGUUCGCCAGGUUGAAGGCAAGGGUGAUUGUGGAUGAUAACCCGUGGCACUGCGAUUGCACCUUACAGCAGGCGAUAGGAGGGAUGGCGCACAACCACGAGGCGGCCGCAAGGGUGCUGUGCCGGAGUUCCGAAAUAAGGGACCAGGAAGGCCGGCCAUUUUUGGCAGUGGACACAGAUCUUUGCAACUUGGCAAAAAGGACAACAGACUACGCUAUGCUUGUCACGAUGUUUGGUUGGUUCGCCAUGGUGAUUUCCUACGUGGUCUACUAUGUGCGGCAGAAUCAGGAGGACGCACGACGGCAUUUGGAGUACCUUAAAUCGCUCCCAAGCAAGCCCAAGAAACCGGACGAAGCGGACGAUAUAAGCACUGUUGUCUAA